AUGAGCUCAGUCGCAUGGGCUUCGUGGUUGGAUCGUCUGGAGAAUGCACGGAGCCAGGAACAGGUUUUAUCCAGCAAAAUACGCACAGAAAAUACGAGUGUUAUUGGCACGAGUGUCUUUGCGCUUCAGCAGAGCGUCUCACGGCUGAAACGCGACUUUGAACAGCUCAAACGGUCGUCCAAUUCAGUAACAAGACAGGAACUUGAGCGUCGCGAAAGGCUAUUGAAUCAAUUAGCACGUGAUCAGCAAGAGGAUCUGGAUGCCUACAAUAGCCGUAGAACGUCACGGGCUGCAGUGAGUCCGGAAGCACCUGAUGCACCAGCACGGCUUCUUGGCAUUCAAAACCAAAUCAUGAAGGACCAGGACCAGCAAUUAGACUUGAUUGGUCAAGGUGUUUCGAAUCUACGCAACUACAGUCUAUCCGUCAAGGACGAGACAGACCUGCAUGUGCGGCUAUUGAAUGAGAUUGACGACGAUGUGAACCGCGUCACGGAUGGACUCGAGUCGGAGGGUGCGCGAGCAGCACGGGUGGCCAAGCAAAGUAACAAUACCAAGCUAUAUAUUAUUAUCCUUGUGCUCAUCGUGAUCCUCAUCUUUCUUCUCUUGGCGGGUGGAUAA